AUGGAGGAUUUAGAAAAGUUAAUGGUUAGGAUGAUGGAAUCUCGUAUCGCGAGUAGUGAGUUUUCAAAGAUCACCCUAGAAACUAACCCGGUCAAAUUGGAUGGGCCGGGUACCUACUUAAGUUGGACGCGACAUGUUCGUCUAAUUUUAGAGUCUCACAAUCUUGAGGGGUUUAUAAGUGGUACUGCAAAAAGGCCAGAAGGAGAUGUGAUAGCUGUUAGACAGUGGAACUCUAAUAAUUCUCGAGUGGUAACAUGGCUCCUUGCCUCUAUGGUACCAAGUGUUGCUCAUACGGUUGAGGCACUGACGAAUGCUUAUGAGUUAUGGCAGGCUGUAGCCACAACUUAUUCCUAUAAAGGUAAUAAUAUGCAUGCCCAUAAGAUCCAACGAGAGCUUCGGGGACUUACUCAAGGUUCCCGAUCUGUAACAGAGUAUGUUGGAGAAUUAAAAAGGUUGUGGAACGAUUUUGAUUUUUAUAGUCCCUUUACCCCUACUCAUCCUAAUGAUGUUGAUGUGUUCCGCAAAUGGAUAGAGCGUCAGUGCCUUGUGGAUUUUUUGGAUGGACUAAACCCAGAGUUUGAGUAUCGACGCUCUUCUAUUCUUAGUACACAGGAAUGGCCAACUCUUGAUGAAGCUAUUUCCUUGGUUCUUAGUGAAGAAACUCGAUUAGCCACUAUGUCUUCUUCUACGGACACAGCUAUACGAUCUGUACUUGUGGUACAGCCAACUAUUCUUGAAAGCUCUUCUCCUAUCAUUUCAACUCAAGAAACUCAGCCUCGACCUCGUGGGGUUAAGAUUUGUGACCACUGUCAUAAGCCGGGCCACAUCAAAGCUUACUGCUAUGAGCUGCAUGGUCGUCCAACUAGAGGCCGUGGUCGUGGAGGUGGUCGUUCUGGUAGAGGCCGAG